CAUUUCUGAGUGGCGUUCACAGGCGUCGGCGGGAGCACCAAGCGACGGCGAUGGCUGAGCUUCCGAGCUCGAACUACUACAAGUUUCAUUCUUGCAUUUUCGUCGUCACGAAGCAAGAGAUGUACCGUAUAUAUAUCUGGCUGUACAGAGGCCAGCACCAGAACAUUGAGGAUUAUCUAAGAACUGAGAACUUAUUAGGACAAAUGCGCUUAGGAAGACACGAAAAGCUGUUGUUGGAGGAGAAGACACCCGUGGCGAAGUUCGACAUAUCUUUUUUAUACAAGUUGUUGCAGUUCACGUGUGGCCUAUCGCCUGCGAGUGACAAGAUCUGGAAUGACCCUGGUGAGAGUGAGAAGGGAAGUCUGGAGCACACCCUGUACUGCCUGAAAAAUAUUAGGAAUGCGUUGAGCCACGAGCCAGAGGACUUGUUCUCCAUGACACAUGAGGAUCUUCGAAACCGCGUGGAGCAACUGUCACGGCUCCUCGCGAAUGCCCUGGAGUUGGCUGGAGAAAAGGGCGCGAGACGUGACGAGGCCUCCAAAGCCAUCAGCAAAAUGAAGGAGGAACUGAAGGACAUUAUAUCCAAGCCCAUUCCGUCGGGACUCAAGCCGCAAAACUUUGCCGUCCUCGGAAGACGGGAAUUGAAGUUGUGCGCGAAGGCGAGUGGUGUCUUCGCGGAAUUGGUGGUCCAGCAAGCGCAGACGGCGACCACCACCACCACGACGUCGGUGCCAGAGCUGUCCCUGAACCAGCUGCUGCGGUGGUCCUGCGAAGACACCAAACUGCCGAAUGUCAUCUUAGUGACCGGGGACACGGGGACAGGCAAGACCUCGCUUUGUCGACACAUAUUUGAUUCCUGGUGCUCUGGUGCUGACACCUUCGUCGACCUCCAAGAGUGCGAUCUCGUGGUCUCCAUCCAGUGCUCUGAAGUGUGCACAGGCGACGUGGUUCAGCUGCUGCGUGACUCUCUCCCUCGGACUGUGGCACAUUUUGGUCCGUACGAGGUGCCGGCAAUGCUGUCUUCCCUUAAUGUUCUGUGGUUGGUGGAUGGGUACGAAGAAGCCACGCGUGAAGCUAGAUUACUCCUGAAGAAUUUGGUGGAAAAGCGUGGCCCUUUACACACCAUCCUCGUUACGACACGUCCUGAGUAUUGCAUCUACAUCAGCCAUGUUGCACAGAAAGCCUCCCUGUUGGAAGUCCGUCUUCUAGGUCUCAGUGAAAGAGGUCGCAACAUGGUCGUUAAAAAACUUUUACAAGAGCCUUCGACUUCGAUGAAAAAGCUUGAAGAUUUUGAACGUGAAUUGAAACGAUUGGAGGGCGAGGUGUCAAGAGAGCUUCUCAAUCCACUAAAACUUACUUUGAUUGUCGAGCUGUGGAAAGAAGAUCGUAUAAACAUGAAAGAGAGUGGGUCAUUGCCCCAACUCUACAGUGUAAUUAAGAAAACACAUACACAAAGCCUUUGUAUCAAAACAAAAAUUAAAACUGGCAUGACUAUAGAAGAAUGUGAAAGAAAAGUGAACAAAUGGGUCGAAACUUUAUGUGAAGAGGCUUUCAAGAUGACAAAGUUGCAGAAAUAUAUGCAGCUUCCAGAGGAGGCACUAAACAGACUCACAGACAUGUGUGAUAACCUCCACUUAUAUUCCGAGGAUUGUUUCUCAACGUUCCUUGGGUAUGAGCCAAGUGCCGUCAGAAGUGGUCUUGCGUGCUAUUCUUUCCUUCACAACACACAGCAGUUUCAUUACGCCGCCGAACAUGUUUUUCUUUGUCUGGCAAGGAGUGAAGACAAAGUCAGCACUAUAUGCCAGAUGAUUACUGGUGAAAUAGAGAGCCAUUUCUACAUGGUGUUGCUGCAUGUCGUGGCAUUACUGACAGCUUCAGGAGCAGUCAAAAAAAAUGUUGCAGAAGUACUGGUCAGAUUACUUUCUCACUACGACAGAUGCGUAUAUUUUGAGGUAAUACGCUAUGCUGCUUACUCAGCCGAUAUUGUUUCUGAAAUAUGCAAAGUUAUGCCUGCUGAGUGGGGAGUAUCUGACGAUGAUGUUAAAGCUGCCAUGCAGUGUUUGGACCACACUUCGCCGGGUAGUAUGGUCAUCAGCCUUAAUGGAGAUCCAGAGGGCAUUGAAGACUUUAUUCCAAUGGUCAAAAUGAUAGCGCAGAGACUGAUCUUUGUACAGUUGAUCUUGCAUUACCACAUCUCUCAUCCUGAUUGUGAUGAAACCUCUAAUGGCAUUCUAGAAAUCCUGUGCAACAAAGAUGCUCACUGUAGCAUCAUCAAAUUUAGUGGCUGUAUAAGUGGCAAAGGUAGUUCUUAUUUGUGUAAUAUGCCCAAACUACAGAGCUUGGUAGUGAAAGUUCUAAAGAAUAAGGACUUAGGGUUAAUCAUGAAAAUGAUCCAAAAUUUACCACGAUUGCAAUUCCUCCAGAUGAUUAUGGCAAUGCCACAGCUCGAUUUACAAAAGGGACUAAGCAUAUCCCAACAAAUCCAAGUGGAUAUAGCACUCCCAAAAGUAAAUGAAUACAAUAUAAACAAAACUGUCGAUGCAAUAGCUAAAAUAACUAAAAAAUAUAAUGAGAUGCAAGUUAUUUUCCUUGAACCUAAACAUAUGUUUAAGCUAACUACAGGAUUACAACGAAAAAAAGUGAAAGUCAAGGCUUUGCAAUGGAUAAUCAAUUUGGAGUCUGGUGUUUUUGAAUGGCCCUGUGGCCCUGUGCCCAUGGUUUUCCCCCCGGAGGUGCUGUUGGGAAUUCCAGACUGUCUAAAGUCGCUUAUAAUCAAAUAGGAGUGACCUUACAUUUUUUCUCUUUUGUUCCUUGAGCAUAUAAUAUUUUUCAGUGUUUUGGUAAACUCAGAGAAGUCUUGUAGUGAUAUGUCACUUUUAUGUUUAUCUGAGAAUUAUAAAUUAGCUCGGCAUGUUGCCAAGCUACCACAUCGAGAUAUGUAAAACUACGUUCAAUACAAUUAUGUGCAAAUCGGAAAAAAAGUUUACAAACCUAUAAAUGACCAUAAAAACAACAACGUCAAUGCAGAAAAAAUAGAAAAAAAAUUAAUAUUAAUAAAAAAUAUAUUUCUUUCACUGCUGUUUUUUUAUACUAAUUGUGCUUCAGUUCCAUACUACUCACCCAAAUCUACAUAAACAUGUUAUACAACAAAAUGAGGGAGUAUGGCGAACGCGUCCGAGAAGUCGAGCAAGGUACUUUCACACCUCUUGUAUUCACGACUUCUGGGGGAAUGUCACCGAGAGCGACGAUAUUCUACUCAUCCCUUGCACAACAACUUGCAGAGAAAAGGCAGCAACAGAAGAGCGCCGUCGUUGCAUGGAUGAGGUGUUC